AUUCCAAGAAAAAUUAUCAAUUACUCUCUUCUCCACUUCUCUUUUUGUUCUUAAAGAGAAAAAGAAAAGCAAAAGAUGAACACAAAAGAGAAACCAAGAAAAGGAGAGGCUUAGCUUCUUCCUUGUAUUUCAAGCCUUCUUCAUCUUCUUCAUCCUCUCUUGAAAAAUGUUAGAUUCUUUAAACCCAUGCACACUUAAAAUUCCUCAGAUUCCUUUCUUCACUCACUUUUCCAUUCUUUUCUACAAAAUAUAUCACCACCCUUCUUCUUAAAUCAAACCCUUCAAUCCCUCAAAUUCCCUAAAAAGAACCUUCAAAAAUGGUCCCAUUCUUCAUUCUCGUUCUUUUUUCUCUUCUACCAGCCUCUUGUUUCGCUUCUUUAGUUAAUGAUUUUCAUGUCUUACUCUCACUCAAACAAGGUUUUCAAUUCUCCGAUCAUCUAACCACAUGGAGUAACUCUUCAAACCCGAGCUCAGUUUGUUCUUGGACCGGCGUUUCUUGUUCAAGAACCCGGGUUGUCUCGUUAGACUUGACGGAUUUCAAUCUUUACGGGUUUGUUUCUCCUCAAAUUUCGAAGCUUGACCGGCUCGUGAACUUGUCACUUGCUGGGAAUAAUUUCACUGGAGAGUUUGAGCUUGUUGGGUUGAGUAGUCUUCGGUUUCUGAACUUUUCGAAUAACCAGUUCAAUGGCGAUUUGAGUUGGGAUUAUUCGGAACUCAAGAGUUUAGAAGUGUUUGAUGCGUAUAAUAAUAAUUUCACUGGCUUUCUUCCGGUUGGGGUGUUGAGUUUGAAGAAACUUCAGUACUUGGAUCUUGGUGGGAAUUUUUUCUACGGGAAAAUUCCGGCGAGUUAUGGCGGUUUAGUGGAGUUGAAGUACCUUUCUCUCGCCGGAAAUGAUCUUCAGGGAAGAAUUCCGGGGGAGCUUGGCAAUCUGACUAAUUUGAAAGAGAUUUACUUGGGGCAUUACAAUGUUUUCCAAGGUGGGAUUCCUGCAGAAUUCGGAAAUCUGUUGAGUUUAGUUCAUAUGGAUUUAUCGAACUGCGAAUUAGACGGUUCGAUUCCGCCCGAGCUCGGAAACUUGGAAAAGCUUGAUACUUUGUAUUUGUUUUUCAAUUCUCUGUCAGGUUCUAUACCAAGAGAGUUGGCCAAUUUGACCAAUUUGGUGAAUCUUGAUCUUUCGGCUAAUGAACUCGUAGGCGAAAUUCCUUUCGAGUUUGUAAAUCUUAAGAAGCUGAAGCUUUUCAAUCUUUUCAUGAAUAAAUUGCAUGGUUCCAUACCGGAUUUUGUUGCAGAUUGGCCUGGUUUGGAAACAUUGGGGCUAUGGAUGAAUAAUUUCACCGGCGAGAUUCCUCGGAAACUUGGCAGAAAUAGUAAGCUUCAGAUUCUUGAUUUGUCUUCUAAUAAGCUUACAGGUACUAUCCCACAAGAUUUAUGUUUUUCUAAUCAGCUAAAGAUUCUGAUUCUGCUGAAGAAUUUUCUUUUCGGGCCGAUUCCUGAUGGGCUAGGGAGAUGUUACAGUCUUACUAGAGUGAGAUUAGGGCAAAAUUACUUGAAUGGAAGCAUUCCUGAUGGGUUUCUUUACUUGCCUGAGUUGAAUUUAGUAGAGUUGCAGAAUAAUGUUCUUUCAGGAAUUUUAUCAGAAAACAGAAAUAGUUCUUCAAAACCUGUUAAAUUAGGCCAACUCAACCUGUCAAACAAUCUUCUUUCAGGUUUUUUACCGUUUUCGCUUUCGAAUUUCUCUUCUCUUCAAAUCCUUCUUCUCAGUGGAAACCAGUUCUCAGGUUCAAUUCCAGGUUCUGUAGGUGAACUGAGUCAAGUACUAAAACUCGACGUUAGUAGAAACUCACUUUCUGGUCCCAUUCCUCCUGAAAUUGGAAACUGUUUCCAUCUUACUUUUCUUGAUGUGAGUCAGAACAAUCUUUCGGGUUUAGUCCCGCCGGAAAUAUCCAACAUUCGAAUCUUGAAUUACUUGAACCUCUCGCGAAAUCACUUGAAUGAAACCAUACCUAAAUCCAUUGCUACCAUGAAAAGUCUCACUAUUGCUGACUUUUCUUUCAAUGAUUUCUCAGGAAAAUUGCCUGAAUCAGGGCAAUUCUCGGUUUUCAAUGCUUCGUCUUUCGCGGGUAAUCCUCAACUCUGCGGAAAUAUCCUGAACAAUCCCUGUAAUUUCAGUUCUGUUACCAAUACGCCAGAAAAAGCACCAAAUGAUUUCAAGCUAAUCUUUGCUUUAGGCCUAUUGAUAUGCUCUUUGAUAUUUGCAACUGCUGCUAUAAUCAAGGCCAGGUCCUUCAAGAAAAACAACUCUCAUUCUUGGAAGCUGACAGCUUUUCAAAAGAUCGAUUUCACAGUCACCGACAUUCUUGAAUGCGUAAAAGAUGGGAAUAUCAUCGGCAGAGGAGGAGCCGGAGUUGUUUAUCAUGGGAAAAUGCCAAAUGGGAUCGAAAUUGCAGUCAAAAAACUACUCGGAUUUGGCACACAGAGCCAUGAUCAUGGUUUCCGAGCUGAGAUUCAAACCCUAGGCAACAUUAGGCAUCGAAACAUCGUUAGAUUGCUCGCGUUCUGCUCGAACAAAGAAACCAAUUUGCUGGUUUAUGAGUACAUGAGAAACGGAAGCUUGGGAGAGGCAUUACAUGGGAAAAAAGGUUCAUUCUUGACUUGGAAUUUAAGGUAUAAAAUUGCUAUUGAAGCUGCUAAAGGAUUAUGCUACCUUCAUCAUGAUUGUUCACCAUUAAUCGUUCAUCGAGACGUGAAAUCGAACAAUAUUCUUCUCAACUCGAGCUUCGAAGCACACGUUGCUGAUUUCGGAUUAGCUAAAUUUCUCAUUGAAGGUGGAGCUUCAGAAUGUAUGUCAGCAAUUGCAGGCUCUUACGGCUACAUAGCACCUGAAUAUGCAUACACGUUAAGGGUGGAUGAAAAGAGUGAUGUGUAUAGCUUUGGAGUUGUUCUUUUGGAGCUUCUCACCGGUCGUCGUCCGGUGGGUGACUAUGGAGAAGGCGUAGAUAUCGUUCAAUGGAGCAGAAUAGUGACGAAUAAUCGCAAAGAAGACGUUUUGAACAUUAUUGACUCGAGAUUAACAAUGGUGCCUAAAGAUGAAGCAAUGCAUUUGUUUUUUAUUGCAUUGCUUUGUAGUCAAGAAAAUAGCAUUGAGCGUCCUACAAUGAGAGAAGUAGUUCAAAUGCUCUCGGAAUUUCGUCGUAAUUUUCCGGAUUGUCGUUCCUCGUCGUCUUCUAUUGACUCUCAACAAUUAAAAAAUAUCGAGAAAGACAAAAAAUAUGUUAAAUUCAAAUCGGAUUUAAAAGAGGUUGCAUAGUUUUAUUUUUUGGAAAAUUGGGUUGGUCUAGCUAUAGUUUUUUUUUCUUUUUUAUGUGAAAAUUAAAAUUUACUUUUUUUUUAAAAAUUUUUGGGCUUAAAUUUAGGAAUAGGGGAGCUGGCUACAAAAUAGAAUUAGGAAUAAUUUGUGGGUUGCACUUCUUUUGAAGAAGUGUUUUUUCUUUUUGUUAGGUGGAGAGCUUGCAAAUCUUUUAUUGAUAAGAGUCAUGCUUGCUCUUUGUAUUAUACUUUUCUUUUCAAUGAAAUACAAUGCUAUAUUUGAUUGCUUUA